AUGGCGAAGGUGAAACACAAAAUGUUGGUCUUAUUUGGCAAAGAUGGUGUUGGCAAGAGUACAUUAUCUGCUCAACUUUCAUUUGCCUUGGCAGCUAUGAAUUUCCAGGGUUUAGGGCUCAACAAAAGCAAACAGAAGGCAAAGCAAAUAUUUCAAUCAAACGAGGCUGUGAAAUUUGUCGAAGUGACACAAUUUACAGAUCACACAGAGAAGAUGGCGAAAUCAAUGAGAUCGAAGAGGGAGAAGAGGCUGAGGGCCAUUAAGAGAGAGCUCGUAGAACCCAUUUACGACAAGAAAGACGCCGCCAAGCUUGCCGCUCAGGAGGCCGCCCUCGCCGCCCCCAAGCUCCCCGUCAAGUCCACUCCCACCACUUCCGUCAACGAUAUGGAUCUCACCGCCUCAACUACCACUUUUAUUGAUAAAAACACGGAUGUGGAGAUGACUGACGGAAGUCAAAAUUUGAAAGCAUUAAAACCCAUCGGUAAAAAGCUGAAAAAGAAAAUCAAGAUUGCCAAGAGGAAGCACCAUGGCAAGGGUAAGAUCAGAAGGAAGCAUAAUGUUUGA